AUGGCCACCAUCACGUCCCCACGUCCCGACCCAGUCCAGCGGAUCACCUCACCAUCAUUGCCCAGCGUGAGCGGGACACCCUCGUCGUCUGUCCGCCCCUCGUUAGAUCUUCCAAGGACAAACAACCCUGCCUCUCCGGCCUUGCAGCAAAGUGCGAGUCCCGGGGCAGCAACAGCACAAAUGCGGAACCGAGCGGCAUUAAGAGACUACUACAACCUCAAAUCCAAGGCCGCUCCCGCAGCAGGAAGCCCCGACCAGCGCGAUGGAAGUCGUACAGCGAGCGUCACGUCGGUGGGAUCCGACUCCACAAUCACUUCCUCGAUCGCUGUGCCAGAGUCAACCGCUUCGUCCUUGACCGCACAGUUAGACGAUCCGAGCUUCAAUGCGGAUGCCUUUGUUGCCGAACUCCUGAAGAGCGCCAGCCUGCGCGACAUUCUGAAGACGGAGAGUGCCUUGGUGAGCGAGAUCAGGACGCUCGAUGGCGAGCGAAAAGCUUUGGUCUACAAUAAUUACAGCAAGCUGAUCAAGGCGGUGGGUACGAUUGCAGAGAUGCAGAAGGGGAUGCACAAGAAUGAAAGACAAGGAACACCGGUGGCGGCGUUUGGGAAGCAGAGGGACCAACAAUCCGCAGGACUUGACGGCGUAAAGGAAGUUGGGCAUAAGCUGGACGGGUUGUUGAAGGUCAUGAAAGGGCUGAGGCCGCGAGAGACGGAGGCGACCAGACGAAUCGCGCAGUCCAGAGAGCACAGGAGACAGAAGGGGUCUGUGAGAUGGGCCUUGGGCGCGCCACACCGACUACAAAGCUUGAUUGACGACAACCGGAGGUAUGAAGCCGAGCAAUUACACACGUCCGUCCUCGACCUGCUACGCAAAUGGGACGGCGUCGAGGGCGUCGACGAGCUGCAACAAAAAUGUGCAGAGGUCAUGAAUCGGGGAAGCGAACACCCGGACGGAGAACACCGAAGUGACACGGGCUGA